AUGAAGCUAUUUGCGCUACUGUUUCUCUCCCUGGCGGCAACAGCGUGUUCGUCAGGGACUGCAACAAGUCUCCCAACGGCGCUCAACUUAGCCAACACCUUCUCCCAACUCACCAGCGAACUCGACCAAAUCGCUCUCGGAAGCUGCUCUAUCGCAAACGCUAUUCUCCCCGUGAAUAGUACCGGUGUCCAACUCCCCGUACCCGCUGCAGGCCUGGGUCUCAAGUACAUUGCCCUCGGCCGCGGAACGCAGAACUACUCAUGCUCCUCUUCGAACAGUUCUACAAUUCCAGUAGCCACUGGCGCUGCUGCAACUCUAUUCGACGCAUCUUGCUUUGCAUCGCAGUCCAUGACUCUACUGCACGAGCUGCCUGCAGUUAUUGAACAAGUUCCUCUUGGGUCUCUUGCGUUCAUGGCCACGAUUCUAGGACAAGUUACGAAUACUACCGAUCUCAUCAUUGGUGAACAUUACUUCAACGCUGCAGGAAACCCAUUCUUUGAUCUCAAGUUGACGGGCAAUGAUAUCUGGAUGAACGCUUCUAAAAAUGCAUCCGUCACGGCCCCCAUCAGAGUGGCCACCCCAGCUGAUGCUAAUGGGAGUGAUGAUGUUGCGUGGCUGAGACUUGUCUCUACCGCCGGCAAUAUUAUCAAGGAGGUGUAUCGUGUCCAGACCUUUAACGGAAACCCACCAGCGACUUGUGCCGGACAGCAAGGGACUGUAUUGGUUGACUAUGCUGCGGAGUACUGGUUUUAUGGAUGA